AUGACACAGGCUUGGAGAGAAGCGCUUCAGGAGAAAUCAGCCAAUGAGUGGCUUUCUAGUAUUUCACUGGGCAUCCCGGAAGAUGUCAAGAAAGCGCUUGGAGGGCUGCGACCUCCCACCUGGGACGAGCUUGGGAGCUUACCGUUGAUUGACACCAACAACGCUGGCGUUUACGCGCGACUUGUCAUGUCUCGCCACAAAGUCCAAAUGGUCAGUGACCGUUAUCUCUACGUUGGAUCAGCUAGUAGAUAUGGUGGUGGCCUGAACUUGAGGAUCGCCGAGCACACUAAAAAGAUCAAGCGCAAGUACGAGUCUAGGCUCCAGUAUGAUAUCAGGACGAAGGCAUUGAAAGCUAGCGGCCGCUUCAUCACUCUCAUGGUCAUGAAGACGGAUAGCUCUCAAAAGGAAGUUGUCCUUGACGUGCGCAGGACAGUAACCUUAGCAGAGGCAAUCUUAACUGUAUGGUUGAGCGCACUUCAGGCUCCAGCUCACGGCCUCCAGUGCGUGUGUCCGUGGGACCCAGCGUUACUUCAGUAUACGGGGUGGUCAUCGCAUAAUCCUCUGCUGAAUGAUAUUGUGUUGCCUAUCAGCAGCAAGACUUCUUGA